AUGAAUAAUAAAAUUCCCAGGACUUUUUCCUUUUAUAACUUUGAUUCAAAUAAUGAUAGAAAGAUAUUUUAUCGAUCAUUUAGAUUUGUUUAUUUAGGUGUAUGUAUUAUUGUAACUUUAUAUUUAUCAUUAAAUAAUUCAUAUGAAUACAAUACUUCUGAAGCAAUAAAAUUUAAUAAUGUAAAUUCAAGAACAUUAGCUGAGGUAAGUGUUUUAAAUUCGCCAUCAUUAGGAAAUGAAAAUUAUAAAAAUCGUCAUGUAGAAGAUACAGAUAAUAUGAGAAGUUGCUGUCAAAAUGAUGAUAACACAAAUAAUGAAGAAAGUGAAAAGAAUGAAUCAGAAAAUAGCACAAAUAAUGUUGAUGAUAGAAGACAAUUAAAAAAACAACAAUUACGUGAUGUAAUAAAUGCCUUAACAGAAAUUCCAUCAAAUGAAGAUCUUUUAGAAUUAUGGAAACAAUCAAUCGAUGUAUGUAAAGAAGGAUUAGAAUCUGUUUAG